GGUCUUCGCACAUUAAAAUAACUGCCACAAAUGAGGGGUCGUCGCGGGUUUAUGGCCUGUUUUCGUCUGCUACCUACACGCGUGCUUUCCACAACAAACCCUUCCGCAUUUUCCUGCCGCUCUCGGGCUGUGACGUGUCGUGCUGACGGCGGCCUCGGAGCUCGGAGGUGCGGGUGGCUACUAGCAUGUCAAGAUCAGGCUCCAGCAGCCCUGCCUUGCUUUGAGUGGAGCUCCAGAUACAUGCCCCUUCCCCUCCUCUUCCACUCCUCUGCGGCCCGCCCAAAUAACACCAAAUUCCCGAUUGAAUCGAGCUCGAGUCUGGGCUAGUGGGGAGGGGGGACCAAGCGGCCCUGGGAAGCCGAAGAGCGGACGGAGGCCAUCCCUGCUGCAUCUGCGCUCCAGUAACAAAUGCAGUGCGAGGACAAUGGAUGAGGAGGUCACCAGGCUUUCAAUACCUUCUGAAGAGCCUAAAAUUAUAUUACACGGAUCGGAUGAGGGUGGUGCCGGCGGGCAGGAGUUUGUUGUGGAGCUUCAAGAGACUUUGUUGGUGUCAGAGGGCGAGGGUGAAGGCAUGGCGGUGCACAGGUUUGCCCCAGACGAGCUAGUCAUCCAGGAUGCAGUUGAGGAUGUGGUAUCUGAGUAUGUGCACUGCGAUGAAGAUGAAGAUGUCGCUGUAGAAACCUGCGUGAUGGCCUUGGAUGGUGAGGAGGAAGGCGUUGCCAUGGGUGACAUCCCCGAAGACGGCCUGGACCCUGAGCAGCAGGAUGAUGACCAAGAUAACUGCGGCGAUUAUCUGAUGAUAUCAUUGGAUGAAGCUGGCAAAAUGGUGUCUGAGGAUGGGACAGAGGUAACGGUGGAGGGAGCAGUGGAGGACCAGGAAGUGGAGAAGGAUGAGGAUGGACAGGAAGUGAUAAAGGUGUACAUUUUCAAAGCCGACUCUGGGGAGGAUGACAUGGGAGAAUCCGUUGACAUCAGCGAUGGGGACAUGGAGAAUGUUGCCCUGACAGAUUCGGGCCAAACGCUUCGAGAAAAGAUGGUUUACAUGUCCGUCGGCGAUUCUCAUCACCAAGAAAACCAUGAUGUGGAGGAUAGCGAGAGCUGUGAAAACAGGAACGGAGCUGCAAGCGCGCUCCUGCACAUCGACGAAUCGGAUGGUGUUGACGAAAUAGGCCGGCAGCGCAACAAGACCAAGCGGCGAUUCGAACCGCGACAAGUCCAAACAGCCAUCAUCAUCGGUCCCUAUGGUCAACCUCUGACAGUGUAUCCCUGCAUGCUUUGUGGCAAAAAGUUCAAAUCGCGCGGAUUCCUGAAGCGGCACACAAAGAAUCAUCACCAGGAGGUUUUGACCCGAAAAAAGUACCAGUGCACAGACUGUGAUUUCACCACCAACAAGAAAGCCAGCCUCCACAACCACAUGGAGGUGCACGCCCUGAGCAGCAAGGCCCCCUUCGAGUGCGAAAUGUGCGGCAAGGAGUUCCACCAGCAGGCGGCGCUGUUCUCCCACAGACUGCAGCACCACCAACGGGACGCCAAGAGUAAGCAGACGCCUCCGCAGCCACCCGCCAAGACCCACAAGUGCAAGUUCUGUGAGUAUGAAACUGCUGAGCAAGGACUGCUCAACCGACACUUGUUGGCCGUUCACAGUAAAAGCUUCCCGCACAUCUGUGUGGAAUGCGGGAAAGGUUUCCGUCACCCCUCCGAGUUGAAGAAACACAUGCGUACGCAUACAGGCGAGAAACCUUACUCGUGCAUGUACUGCGAAUACAAGUCAGCCGACUCGUCCAACCUCAAGACUCAUAUCAAGACAAAGCAUAGCAAGGAGAUGCCAUACAAGUGCGAGCGCUGUUUCCAGACAUUUGCGGAGGAGGAGGAGUUAAACCAGCACGAACUGACACACGAGGAAAAUAAGACCCACCAUUGUGCCCACUGUGACCACAAAAGUUCCAAUUCCAGCGACCUGAAACGCCACAUCAUAUCCGUGCACACCAAGGACUACCCGCACAAAUGUGCCGUUUGCGGCAAAGGCUUCCACCGGCCGUCCGAGCUCAAGAAGCACUCGGUGGCGCAUCGCACCAAGAAACUCCACCAGUGCCGACACUGCAACUUCAAAAACGCCGACCCCUUUGUCCUCAGUCGCCAUAUCUUGUCUGUCCAUACCAAGGAACAGCAGCAGGCCUCCCCCGAAAAGAGCGAGGCCAAGAGGACAGAGACACACUCUCCCGCGGCGUCCCCCAAAAAGUCGGCCCCGAGCGCAUCCUCCGGUUCCGGCCCGCCGACUAGAGUGAGUGCAGCCAGUUUAGCGAGCAGCGUGACGGUCGUUAUCGGCAAAGGACAAAAAGAACGCCGAAUCUACCAGUGCCAGUACUGCGACUACAGCACAGGCGACGCGUCGGGAUUCAAGCGGCACGUGAUUUCGAUCCACACAAAGGACUACCCGCACCGCUGCGAGAUCUGUUCGAAAGGCUUCCGGCGACCGUCGGAGAAGAACCAGCAUAUCCUGCGCCACCACAAAGACGUGGUUCAAGCAGAGUGACGGGACGGACCACCAAACCCUCAGCACUGCACCACUCACAUGAAACUAUGUGGAGCGUCUGCUGCACUUAGCCUAUCCUUUUCUUUACAGUGAACCCCCCUUUAGCAUCAAUGCAUUCCAAGAGAUGAAAAUCUGUGAUUUCUCUUUUUUUUUUCAGGGUUAUUAUUUUCUUAACAAACAAGCAAUCAAUUGUUAAUCUGUAUUACAAUAAACACAAUCAGAUUUGUUAUACAUAAAUAGUUUGCCUUUGUAGAUUAGGUUUACGGUAAAAUAAUGUCAAACGAUUCAUCGAUUAAUAUGAAAGACAGUUUGACUUGCAGUCUUUUCAGCAUUCACUGCAACAACUUCACGGCUUCAUACCAAACACGUGGUAUAAACAUAAGUCAGAUUCAACAAGAAUGCAAGCAAAUCUGUGGCUUUAUCACUUAAUCUUUUCAUUUUUCCUGAAAUAAUGUAAACGCAAGGACGCCAAGACUGCACUUCUCAGCAAUUACUUUAUCUAGACACAUUCUAGGAAAAUUAAGUAUGUAUAUAAAAAAAAAAACCAAAUGACCAAAAUUAAGUUUGAAAGUAAACAAGAAGCUGUAGCGUCCAAUGAUGGGGGGGGAAAAAAUAAAUUGGUUCACUUCUGUCCCGCUUAAAUUCCAAGCGCCAACUCUCAGGUCCAAUAAUACGCAUCUGCGCUCCACGCCAACGUUCCAGCAUCCACCCAGCCGUACCAAUUCACACUGUCCAACAUCGCCGACAUCUCCGCUGAACAAAACGAGGCUGUGAAAAAAUGCUUCCCAUUACAGGCGCAAAAGACACAAGCACCCCGGGGCCGUCGACAGGUGACAGUCAAAUAGCGCAGACAUUCCUCCCCAUCAGAAUCAGUGCUGGUACACGUGCGCUGAGAACUCGCAACCAUCAGGCACAGAUUCUUUUCCUUCGACGAAUGUCGUGGCCAAAACGCUCUCGCAGACGGCUGCCAACUACGGCGCCAUCAAAAUGAUUAAACACUAAAAUAGUCAUUCAAAUCCUGUUUUCCACUAUCUUGAUGCUAGCAUAUUAGCGUGAAACGCCAUACAUGGCUGACAUUUAACGUAAAUGUUACAGUAAUUGCAUACCUUCAAACAAAUGGUGCUUUUCCACCUUGCCUGUAUAAAAACCCACAAACGAUUGCUGAAAAAUUCCCGAUGUAGCAGAGGCAUGAAUUCUCAUCGCAAUAAAGCGGGGGUUCACUGUAUUUGUCUUUUACAGCCUCACCCUCCCGUCUCUCCGCAUGUAUACACAUGUACAUAACGCCAACACCGUUGGGGAGCAGCAGAACUUUCUGUAUGUAGACCUUGCACUUUUUACUGCAUGUUCCAUGCUGAGGAGUGGGGAAGCUUGCAUGGCAGAUAGUGCAAAUGUCCGUUUUUUUGAUACGCUUCUUUUUUCAUUUUGCAGACUGCAAUCAGAAAGGUCCUCAUUUCAUGUCUCCAAAGCCGAGUGUAAAGUCUGUCUCCGAGAGUCCCGUUGUACUGAAACAGAGCUGUGUGGAUUAGGAACAUGUUUGCUGUAGCGCUUGACACCUGGGCAAAGGUAAAGGCAUUUAUUGAAAGGUGUGUGCCAAUUAUGUGUGAUUGACUUCCAAGUAUUUGAUGUGCAUCCUGCUGCUGGAACAUCCAUUUCGAGAUCACGGUGGCCCUGUGUGUUGUGACAAAUAGCCAAGGCUAUAUGUGAAAAGCGCACAGGUGAGGAACAAACAAAUCAUUCUGAGAUUGGGAAACUUGGGACAUUCGUAGUUCAGUGAAAAUUCUCCCAAUUGCCACCAGUUCCUGACCCCGCCUGAGUCAUUGUGCAUCGAAAAAUGCCGCAAAUCAGGAGGCAACAUUCACCAGACAGUAUUUUUUUUUUUUUUACACACACCAGAGAGAAUAGUCCCUGUAAAUUAAAAAUGCCUAAAUAGUCUUGACUCAUAAAUUAUUUUUGAAGAAGCCUUUUUUUUUUGUCAAGUUGUCUGAGCAAACCGGAGCAUACGUUUGCAGAAAUAGCCUAUUUAUUCUCUGCAGGCUAAGAAAACAUCUUCACAGUGGCCCACUUCAUAUCAAUAGAGGAUGCUAUGUGUUGCUGCCAACUAUAAAUGGACUCUCUGUUUUCAACACGCGUUGCUCUUACCAGAAGGGAAAAAAAUGUAAAUGUUUUUAGAAGCAACUUCGGAAGACAGGUGCUUGUGGUGUACUUUUUACAUUUUUCCUUGGUCCUCCGGGACGUCCCCCCCCCCCCCCACCCCACUCCACCCUGUGAUUUGUCUUUAUAUUUAUUUCAUUUACAAGUUGUUGUAUAGUUCUGUGUAACUAGACUUCUAUGGGACGUAAAUUAUUGUUUUGUAUACAAAUCUGUAUAAAGCGUGUAGAUGUAAACACUUGAUGAAA